AUGUCUUAUUCAUCCGACUCAGGACAUCUUCCUAACAACCCCCUCGCAAAAGAUGAGAUGGACUUGUGUCUUGGCACAAGCAUUAGUCGAUAUGCGGUCGAGGAAUCAACCGAAAGCCGACAAGAAACUCCUACUGAAAAGUCUAUCCCGCCUCCAGACAUCGGUAUUAUGCCAUGGAUCCAGGUUGCCGGGGCGUUCUGUCUCAUGUUCACCUCCUGGGGAACUGUGGUAUCUUACGGUACUUUUCAACAAUAUUACACAAGUGGUGGUGGGAUUGUUGACGAAGCAUCAUCAUCAACAAUUGCUUGGAUUGGUAGCCUACAGGCCUUCCUUCUCAUGUUUGGCGCCGCGCUCACCGGGACGCUCUAUGACGCCGGAUACUUCCGGACCAUGAUGUAUUGUGGCUCCUUCUUGAUGUUUUUUGGCCUCAUGAUGACCUCGCUGGCCAAUAAAUACUGGCAUUUCAUUCUUUCUCAGUCUUUAUGUACUGGCAGUGGGAUGGGUCUUGUUGCCCUUGGAGCUCUUGCGACGCCAGGUACGUGGUUCGUCAAGCGCCGAGGCCUCGCCAUCGGUCUAGGUAGUACUAGUGCAUCGAUGGGGGGCAUUAUUUUUCCAAUUUCCUUACGCCAUCUCAUCCCAAUAAUUGGGUUUGGCUGGGCCGUUCGCGUCAUGGGAUUCAUCGUGUUAUUUAUGCUCAUCUUGCCGCUUUCCAUCUCCAAACAACGUCCUACCCGCCAACAAACGCCCAUCUUUCUGGCUUUCCUUGGAUUUUUCACCUUCUAUACUUUCAUCGAAUCGUGGGCUAUUGCAACUCAGCUCAAUACAGACGGCAUAGCACCAUACUACAUCCUUACUAUUACCAAUGCAUCGAGCAGCUUUGGACGAAUCCUGCCCAAUUACACGGCUGAGAAGAUCGGGCCUCUCAAUAUUCAGGUUCCUGCGACUCUCAUUGCCGGCGUGUUGGUCUUUACUUGGAUACCUGCCCAAUCAAUGGGAUCCGUUAUGGCUAUCGCAAUACUAUAUGGAUUUUUUUCAGGAUCCCUCGUCUCUGUGCCUCCAACUGCUAUUGCUAGUAUGACGGCCAAUAUGAAUGAGCUCGGUGGCCGAAUAGGUAUGUGCUUUCUUGCAAUGGCCUUCGGGUCGCUUAUCGGAAGCCCUGUUACAGGUGCUAUUCAUUAUGUUCCUAGCUGGUGUAACAACGAUGGCGAUAGCAUAAUUUGUUAA